AUGAAAGACACUGGAAGUCCGAAAGAUGAUGUAACCAAAGCAAGUGAGCGCGCCAAGUCCAGUCAGGAAUUAUGCAAAAGUGGUGAGAAAAUAACAAGAAUCAAAGAGAUAAGACAGUUAGCCGCUGAACGCAAUAAAACUCAGUGUAACAGCUACUUCCUGGGCUCGUUUUCGAUCCUGUUCUUCUCAGUUCCAGCACGUUUUGCUGCGACCUCGCCCAGUGUGGCAUCAAUCGACCUCUUCAUAUCGAGUAGCUCCUCCUAA